UCUCUUGUUGGAUUACUCUGAGCUGUAGAUAGACUUUCAAAAGUUUCUACAGGGUGGAACAACUUAGACAUGUUUUAAUUUGUUUAUAAAUUGUAAUCUGGUGUAUCAACAUGGUUAAUAGUUCGGAAGAUGAGGAAUCCUGCAGUAAACCCCUCGGAAGAGUUUCUGUGGUUUACUACGGUGUUGGCCACAUGCUCAAUGACAUCACAUCUGCACGUUGGUUUACUUACCUCUUAGUGUUCUUGACAGAUAUUGGACUGUCCCCAAGGGAUGCAGCCAUAGUCAUGCUGUCGGGUCAAGUUGCUGAUGGGUUUACAACCAUAUUUGCAGGGGAACUGAUAGACAGGUUUGGACAUUUCAAAAUAUGGCAUGGUGCAGGAUCAGUUCUGGUCACCAUUUCCUUUUCUUUUGUUUUUGGCGGUUGCCUACCUUGCAGAAUCUUUGAGCGUAAUUGGAGUGCUUGGGAUACAGUACAAACAAAGAAAAGAAAUAGAUUAGCCCUAGAGAUGCUAGAGGAUUUGGUAUAUAUCAGGAUGAACUCUAUGAUGAGGGAGAACUAUGAAAGCCAACUACAUAAAGAUUCAAGGCCUAUUGAUUUAGAUAAUCUUGGUGACUUACCUAUAGUAGACUUUGAGCUUGAAAUGGAGAGGCUUAAGCAGACGUACGAGGAACCUGAACCAUCUGACAUUGGAGCUGAUGGAGGAUCUACUUCAUGUAGUUUAAUGUCUCCUCAUUGA